GGGCAGACUCGUUUCGCAUGAUACAAUUUAUGGUGACUUCUCAGUUAAAUCGGCUUACCACUUGGCUGUCUCCCUUGAUCAGAGAAGAGGAAAAUGAAAGCGACGGUUGGCUGGAUGGACCGGAUGAGCUGGAUGCGACUUUGGAAUGCAAAUAUUCCUCCGAAAUUGAAAGUGUUUAUUUGGAAGGUGUUUAAUCGGAUCCUCCUCACUACGGAAGCCCUAAUUCAUAGAAAAAUCCUGGUUCAUCCGCAUUGUCCGGUUUGUUGGGAUAGUUCCGAAACGAUGUAACAUCUGUUCCUGGACUGCCCGGUGGCGCGAGCCCUUUGGGGGGCGGCAGGGCUGGAACAUUUAGGGGAGGGUUUACCCCAUCACACUUUUCCACUCUUCCUCAAAAAAUUGUUGGCUUUAAUUGAUCAUCAUACGCUGUUCCUAGUAGUAGUGACCAUACUCUGGCGCAUAUGGAGAUCUCGUAACUGGGUGGUUUUUGAAGGCAAACAGUAUGGGAUCACUGCUUUGAUGGGCCAGUUUACCUAGCAGUAUGAGGAAUGGGUGAGGCUCCCGGUGGAUAUGCCUCUUCAAGCCCGUGUCCCUACAGCUCACCAGUCUGUCCAGGAGGAUUCAUCUGGGGUCAUCUGUAGUUGGGAUAGGGCUACUCGGAGGGGAUCACACUCAGCGAGUGGAGUGGUGCUUAUGUCUCAGAGCCGGGGUGUCCUUUGGGCGGCGGGGAUCCAAUUCCCGAUCAUUGAUGACCCUCUCAUAGUGGAAUUGCUUUUCCUCCGAGAGGCGAUUCUUUGGUGUCUGGGUCAAGGCCUAACGAGCAUGAGGUUUGAAGGGGAUGCCAAGGUGAUCAUCGAUAAAAUCAGGCAGGCUGAUACAAGAGACAAUAGGGUGGGUGCUGUGCUGGAGGAAGUGACGCAGUAUUUUGCCAGCAACCCUGGGUUUAGUGUUCGAUUUAUAGGCCGGAGUAGCAAUAGGGUAGCCCACUUGGUGGCUAGAAAGGCCCUCUCUCUGUACCCGGCUAUGAGUCGUUUCUUUGACUUUCAGGCUUGGCUGUUAUCCAGGGUGUAACUGUCUAUCUUUUUUUUUUAUCUAAUACAAGAUUAUCUUUUGU